AUGCAGAAUUAAUCCCUUUAAAAUAUAAUAAGGAAAAAUGAAGAAAACAAUGGAUUCAUAAUUGUAAAUUAGAAAGAGUUCUUAGAAAAAAUCCUUUUUUAAUAUUAUAAAUCCAAAACAUUUGCUAGUUUCAGAAGGUAUUAUUAUAAUUAAAAUUUAGAUCUUUAAAUUCUUAUGGAUUUUAAGUUUAUUAAUUAUAAAAUGGUUAAAAAUUAUUCAUCAAUAAGAAUAUUAUUUCCAUCAAUUAAAAUAUUCAUAAAAGAAAUCUAAACCCUCCCUUUUAGAAUUAUUACCAGCUGAUUGAAUCAGAACAUUAAAUUUUGCUUUUACAACUUACUUAAAUAAAAAAAAAUUAAUAAUUGAUGGAGUAAAAUAUUAAGAGAGUUCUUUCUUUAUAAGAGGAAAUAACAAGAAAAAUGAAAUUAACUAUGAUAGUAAAAAUAUAAAUAAUGUUAGCAAUAUAUUUAAGGGCUUUUAGAUGGGUUCAUUAAAGGUAAAAAAGCUGAAUAAUUUGUGUUAUAAUUUUGUUUUUCAAUUAAAAAUAAACAAUUUAGUAAUAUAUUUGAAACUAUUAGAAAAAUUUAUGAAGGUUAAUUUUAAAAAAGCCUUAUAAUUACCAGAUAUCAACUAUUAUCCAUUAUCUGA